UUAAUUCAAACGUGUGAUGAUAAAAAUUCAUUCCUGGGAUAUAAUUCUGUCACUCUCAGCUAUUUAUGUAACAGACUUCAUGUAAUCCUUAUCCCAAACUAUUGGUCUGUGAAGCAGUAGUUUUACUUUAUUAUUUUAAAGUGUACUGAUGGUUUUCCGUGUUAAUAUAUUAUAAUAAAUAAUUCAUAUAUUAAAAAUAAUGUUGUUUUUUCAUUAAAAUAUUAAUUUUAUGACAUUCGUACUGUUCAUUAAAGUUCACAGUUAAAAACAAGUUCAUUAUAUUCAAAAGCAACGUCACUUCUAACCCUACGGUCACUGAUCAAGACAUUUUGUUCAACAAGUUGAGUCUGAAAAACAGACAAAAACAAGACUCUCGGUGGUGUAAUCCAGUAGCCCUAGCGUUUACUGCCAAGAGGAAAAAAGACAAUCGUUAAGCCAAACCAGCGCAUUCAAGCACGUUAAAUAUUUACCAAAUAACGUAAUUCAUUUUAACAUAUAUAAGCGAAUUUUAUGCGAGACAUAUAAUGUUUUAGACGACAAGGCGAGUUAUUGUUCAUAAAGGCACGCCGUGGACAGCUAUACACGGAAGGGCUUUUCAAAGGUCCUUCGGUAUCAUGGCAACCAACACUCAAACAACAACAAUGCCACGCCGCUGAAGUUUCAGGUGGACGUACGCUGAUAAAUCUGCUGUGGAAUAUUAUAAAGCUAUUUAUUCGUCCAAAUGUCGCUGAAAGAACUACAGUUGCCACCGUUGUUACACUUUGAAAGCAAUAGCAGAGGGUCGCAGAGACACAUUACCGGCAGGAUAUCUAAGUCAAAGUUUAUAAAAACCAAAAGGGGGGAAACCUCCAGUGACUUUUCACCCUGGCCUGCUGAAGUUACCUAUCAAAUUGUCCAAAAGCCUAGAAAAAAAAUACAUCAUGGAUCUCUUGCCAAGCCUCGUUUCUUAGAGCAACUGGAGUGUCAUCUGAAGAGAGAAUUAGAAGCUUUAGACACACACGGACCCAAAGUCCAAGAGCUCAGACUGCAGGUUUACCAGGAGGUCUUUGGCUAUUUAAUUGAAGAAUUUAAAACCUAUAAGCCUAUUUUGUCUGCCAUCAAAAAUGAGUAUGACAUCACAUUAGCGCAUCUUCGUGAACAGAUCAGGGAUCUGCUACCACUGCGGGCAAAGCUAGUGCUUGUGUCAGAACAGUGUGAUCAGACGAUUCUGGAUCUGAGAGUGCAGGAAAGAGAUGAGAUCAGAGCUCUGAAGCAAGAGUGUCAGCGUCUGCAGGACAUCAUUAAGAGUAUGAGAAGACAACAGAGUGCACUACAGAUUCAGGUUGAUUAUCUAAAAGAGGAUCUGGCCACCCAGUAUCAGCUCUACAGGGAUGAACGUGAUGCACGAAAGCUGCUCAUCACCAGAAUCAGCACAAUGCACUCUACCCAAGAUACUGAACAUGAUGAUAAUAAUAAAGAGGUGGAAUCUGAGGAUCCUAUGGUGGUGAAAAUGGCUUUGCAGGUGUGUAGAGAGGAUCUUACCAAAGCUCAGGUUGAGCUCAACCGCCUGGAAGCAGAAUACAGUAAUGUCAUCCCUCGACGGAAAUGGGAUAACCUGAAUCGUAUGCAUGAGGAGACUCUAAUGAAGCUGGAAACCUUACAAACAGACUUUGACCAGAUGAAGUCUGAAUAUGACAUGCUGCUUGAGGUUCAUCGCCAGUCAACACCUGCUGUGUUACAUUCUAAUCAGUCUGUGCUGCAACAUGGCUCAGAUAACAAACACAUUGUAACAACUCCCAGACCAAACUGGGAACAAUGUUCAGACAUACUCGGAGGCAGUAAGAGAUGUAGAGAGCUUUUUGAAGGUCAAUCCAGCCAAAAGAAGCUGGAGAUCUUGCUGCAGGAGAUCAAUGGCCAAAAAGAGUUCUUUAUUGGACUUGGCACAUCCAGUGACGUCCCCAUUUAUCUACAAUAUGAGGGAAAAAUUAAGAAUCUUAAGCUCAAGAAAACAGAUGUUAUUAGAGUUAUAAAAGAUAUCUGGAGGAACAAAACGAAAGAGAAUGAAAAGAACGAUAUCUCCAGAGACCUGCAGGAGUUUCUUCACAGCUGUCUUGUGGAACAAUAUACGGAUAAGGCAGGAGAGUGGGCUUACAGCUUGAUGGAAAGCAUCCAAAACAAUCUUAAAGAUGAUUUCAUUUGCCUUUUCAAUGACAUCUUGACUGGGAAGGUUGAUGAGAGUAUCUACCAUGGACAGACACAGCUGCUGUCUCACUUACUCAAGGUUUUAAUUCAAAGUGACAUAACACAAUGCGGAUCACUAACUGUCUCAGAAUUUAGUGAGGCAUUGAAGAAGGCUUUCCCCAUGAAGUCAGAUCAGGACAUAGAGGAGCUGCUGACAACAGCUCAGACAGAGCUUGGGAGCAAUGGAGUGCGCAUUGCCUAUCAGACACUUUAUACAGAGGACACAGAUGGAAGACACAAAGAAUUCCUGAGUCUAGUUAAAAAACAAGCUGCCGCUGAGAGACUCCAGUACAUCAGGGAGCUGAGAGUGCAACUGGAAGGCAAAGGGGAAGUGAACGCAGAGCACCUCCGGACUGCCUUCAAAUCUAUCGAUCCCUCACUGGAUUCUGAAACUCUGGAUUGGUAUCUCAGUGUAGCUUUUAAGACAAAGGAGUGUGAAUUACAAGAUCAAGCUUUGAACACGGAAGUUGUGCUACAGCGUCUCUCUGUGGCUAAUGUAAAAAGGGCAGGGCCAGUGUGAUGACUGUUGUUACGUCAAGCACAUUUCCAAUCUUUUUAUAGCACAGUACAUAUAUGAACCAAGUACAGCACUAGGGCAUAGAAAUACCUCUGUGUUAAUAGUUUGCAUAUUGUUAUGUAAUUGGAAAAUCACAUAUCAGGAAUGACACAAUAUUAAAUAAUUAAAUUAAAAUUAGCCUUAUGUGUCUGCAUUCUGCUUUAAAGUGUCUUUAUUUUUGCUUUCUCUUUAAAAGAAAAGAAACUGUCAUGCUUGUUAUAUUGACAUUUUACCUCUAAAUCAAAUCAACAAAGCUAUAGUUAUUUGUGUUGUCUGCAUACAGAUUACUUGAUAAUUGUUUAUGUCAAUAAAUGUUACAUUUAUA